AUGGCGUUUUACAAGGUUACAUUAGCAAGGUCAACUAUUGGACUUCCUGUUACUACGAAGAACAUUAUAAGUAGUUUAGGUUUGGGUAAAAGAGGCUCAGUGGUGUACCUUAGAGCCAGCCCUGCGGUUGCAGGCUCUAUAGCCAAAGUCAAAGAGCUUGUGAAAGUGGACAUAACCAAAGAAGCGCUUUCUAAAGAAGAGCAGAGGCAACUGAGGAAGUCCAACCCAGGCUUUGUGGUUGAAAAAAGAGUUUAA